AGAGAGAGGGGGGAGUAAAAACCAAAAAUGGAGCUAAAGGAAAGUGGGGGCUUCACUUAACUAAUAGAGGGAGGGGGUGAUGGGGCCAGAGGAAGGAGGGGGGGUCAUUAAAGACAGAGCAGUCCGUUUGGCUUCACCGCUGAGAAGACGGUCGUCAGGCGGUGGGUUCUGUUGACAUAGAGACGCGUGGGUUUACCGUGAGUGUGUGAGACGGCGGGACACGCGGAGCCACGGAGCACACACACACACACACACACACUGCCUCACACACACUCGGAGGACAGAGGAUGACGGAACAGACACGGGGAGAAGUUUGACAGGAGUGUGAUCCACCUUAAAGUCGGUCCAGGGUCCAGGGUCCAGGGUCCAGGGUCUAGGGUCCAGGGUCGGCUCUCAGACAGUGACGAGUGGAAGAGUUGAGCCGAGCAUCGUCAGCUGGUGUGGAGGACCAGGAUCUGAUGUGGAGAACCAGGAUCUGAUGUGGAGAACCAGGAUCUGAUGUGGAGAACCAGGAUCUGUCCUUUCUGAGAAAAGUGCAGCGGGAUCUUUGUUGUUCAUUUGUCGCCGCUCCUCCUUCACAUCCGCGGACUUUCAAUUGAUGGGAAAAGGUGAGUAAAAUGAUGAACCGGGACAGAACGGUGCCGGAGCCCGCACUGGAGGGAAUCGAGACCGUGAUGAGCCGCGACAGAGCGGCACCAGGUCCUGACGGGGACGGGGUCCAGACGGUUGUGGGCCCAGACGGCGGGGACACGGUGGACGGAGACAGUCAGCGGCUUUUCUCGGGCUCGGGAGGCAGAGACGGCCAGGCCAUGGAGAACCACACCGAACCGGGUCCCACCAACCCGGUGUUAGCGCCGCCACCGCAGGGCCUGAACGCACACCGAACCACCUCCUUCUCUGUACUGGACAUUCUGGACCCGAACAAGUUCACCAGCAGCCGGCGGCAGCAGCAGCAACUCGACGCUUACGGAGCGGAGAACCGCAGAACCGGAGCGGAGGAGCGAGAGCCGCGACCACAGGAGGCCAAAGGCCGCUACGUUGAUGAGGAUCAGCCCAGCAAAGAAAUGUUCACAUACCGAGGUCCAGGUGAAGAGGACUACCUCAGACCUGGGAGUCCGGACUCUGAGGCUCCAGACGGAGCCUACAGCAGCGAGGAGAGCAGCUCAGCUCUGGCCAACAUGGUGGAGAGAGACCUGGGCCCCCACAGUCACCAGGACUCCUCCAGGGACACCAAGAGCCCAGGGGGGGGGGCAGCGGGCCACAUCUCCAACGUCCAGAGCGGCAGCAGCAGCCAGGGCAGCAAGCCCAAGAGGAAGCGCUCAGGCUCAGACUCCAAGUCUGGAAAGCCGCGUAGAGCCCGGACUGCCUUCACCUACGAGCAGCUGGUGGCGCUAGAGAACAAGUUCAAGUCCACCCGCUACCUGUCAGUUUGUGAGCGGCUAAACCUGGCCCUGUCGCUCUCACUCACCGAAACCCAGGUCAAGAUCUGGUUCCAAAACCGGCGGACCAAGUGGAAGAAACAAAACCCUGGUGCGGACACCUCCGCCCCAGCCGGUGCAGGAGGAGCAGGAGGAGCAGGAGGUCCAGGGGGAGCAGGGGGAGGCCUGGGAAGUCUCAGUCCUCUUAGCCCAUCCCCACCUGUCAGUGGUCACCUGGCCAUGCAUGCGGGCUACGCCAGCCACCACCACCCCCCCACCAGCAGCUUGGUCCAGCUGCCUUUCCUCACGGCCAGUCACGUCCUAUCGCCCUUUAUGUUGGGAACCCAGAGUUACGCUGCACCAGCCUUCUAUAGUACACACCUGUGAACGGGGGGGGCUGAGUGGGACUGACGUGAGCAGCAGCAGCAGCAGCAGCAGCAGCACCGACUCUGCUCGUCUUUUUACCCCCCCUUGACCCCUCCCACUUUGAUAGGUGACCCUCAGACAGUGUACAGACGUUUCUGUUGUAGCUCUUCUUCUGAAUGCUGUUUUAAAGCCUGUGAUAGACAAAUAGUUCAGUACUUUGUUUUGGAAAAAAAAUCUGUAUAAAUAUUGAAUGUUUAUUUAUGAUCUACGGAAUGACGCCAUCUAUUGUCGGUACUGUGUAACUCCAGCAGUGGUUGUUUAAUUUCUCACAGUUGAGUUUCCAGGUGAUGAGUGGAUGUAAGUGACCAUCACUCUACGUGUCUUUGAUAUUAAAACACUUGGAACAAACCUCCGUCCCCUCAUUUUACUGAUCUGAUCUCUGCAGGGCCGCACCUCCACUGGGUGGUCACUGGGGGAGCUACACAAACAGGGGACUGGGCUAAAACUUUCAGUUUCAUCAUCAAACUUCCACCCCAUCCCACCCUACCUUCCUGUUCAACUCAGUGACUUCCUGUUCUCCUCAGUGACUUCCUGUUUACUUCAGUGACUUCCUGUUUUCCUCAGUGACUUCCUGUUUUCCUCAGUGACUUCCUGUUUUCCUCAGUGACUUCCU